GAGAGAGAAUUAGAGUGAAAUGCAAAAAAUGUUGGUACAGAUAUGGGUUGGACACUGAAAAGUUUUGAAAGUUACUUCGACUGCUUCUGGUCCUUCUCACCUCAGCGCUUAUAGGCCUUUGCAUCAUGAAGAUCAGUGAAAGAAUGGACGGAGAGGCAAUAGACAGGGUGAUCAGUAAACUCGGAGAUUUUGGCAAGUUUCAGAUCCGCGCCUACGUCCUCACCUGCCUCCCGAUUGUGGUGAUUGCGUUAGGUGUGAUGAACAUCGUCUUCAUCCAUUACGCGCUGCCGUUUAGAUGCGCGUUGCCCGAUAUGCCCAACGACACCUACGAGUCUCAGGGCGAGUGGCACGACGCAAUGGUGAACGCAUCAUAUGUCCUCGACCCGCUGGCCCUGGACGGGAAAGAUCACUGCUUGCUUAACAUCCCACCCAACUCCUCCUCUGCCACCAAUGUCACGAGUACCGAAAAAUGUGACCGCUGGGUUUUUGAUAGGAGCAUGAUGGCUGAAACGGUCCAUUCAAUUUUGUCUGCGAGAAGCGUCCGAGAGAAACAGUAGCUCAGAUUGCUUCCACGGGAGGAGAGCUGGUUGGUGGCAUAUUUGCCGGAUACUUUGCCGAUAGGUUUGGUCGCAAGCCCGUGUUUCUUAUCUCCAUCAUUCUGGACGCCAUCUUUGGAACCGCUGCCGCGUUUGCCCCGGAACACCAUUCCUUCGCGUUCCUGAGGUUUAUGAUUGGGUUCAGUAUCGGAGGAACAUUUGGUGCAGGAUUUACCCUGAUCAUGGAGAUGGUGGGUUCUUCAAAGAGAAUGCUGGCAGGGGUGCUCGUGGAAUACUUCUGGAUAGUGGGCGCCAUGUCCACGGCCGGCUUCGCCUACUUAGCUACCAACUGGCGCCAUCUAUUGUUGGUGUCAUCUGUGCCAUUAUUUGGGAUUAUUCCUUUUUUCUGGCUUAUAGACGAAUCGCCAAGAUGGCUUCUGGCGUCUAAUGAUAAAAAGAAGCGAAACGAGGGAAAGAAACUGCUGGAGCGCAUGGCGGAAGUGAAUGGUCGCCAUCUAUCGGAGAAAGAUCUGGAAGUUUUGGACGUCCAGGGAGAUGAAGUUGAGAAGAGAGAAGAAGGUUUACUGCGGAUGUUUAAAUCCCCCAAACUACUUCUCAGUUUGUUUAUUGUAACACUUAAUUGGUUCUCCGUCAGCAUUAUGUAUGGUGGCCUCAGCCUAAACAGCGGCAAGCUGCCCGGGAACGUCUACGUGAAUUUUCUCCUCAUCUCAGCGGUGGAGAUUCCCGCCUACACGUUGCUGUUCACCAUAGACAAGCUGGGCAGGAAAGGGCCCCAUAUCACGUAUAUGGUUGUCGGGGGUCUGUCGCUUCUGUGUACAGUACCGGUGGACCUGUAUGCUCCGCACGACGCGCCUUCCACUCGUUGGGUGUACGUGGGUCUGAAUGUCGUGGGAAAGCUGGGCGUCACGGCCGCCUAUGGUUUAAUAGUGAUCUGGGCGGCCGAAGUCUUCCCUACCGUCACCAGAAGCUCCAUGUUCGCCAUCAGCGGUUUCUUUGGGCGAUGUGGAGCUAUGUUGGCGCCUGUUAUUGUGAACGAGGCCAGAUUUGAAGGUCCGGUGGGCGACUCCAUACCUCUCGUGAUAAUGGGCAUUAUAUCGGUGACCACUGGUCUGCUGGCCCUGGUGCUGCCGGACACGGCCAAUGUCCCUCUGCCAGAGACGAUAGAGGACGCCGAGAACCUUUACAGCAAACGCUCCCAGAGCUCCGGAGACAACAGUUCUAAAUGGCGACCUAUUUGUCAAGAUACCCAGUAACUCCAAGGAAGUGCAAGAAUCGACUGUGACCUCAAUUUAGCUUAGACUCACAUCAUAGUUAAAAUUGCUUAAUAGAUGUAAUCAUCAUAUAUAAAAAACAACAACAUAUGUUCCAGUAUGUCUUUUGGAAUAGACACGUAGUCGCGAGGCUCAACAUAUCGCAGGUCAGUAUAUAACGACCAUACUGCUACAGGACACGACGUUAUUCUCUGUAAAUCGAUUUUCGGGACCAACGAUAGUUAAAAUUGUAUUGUCUUCUGGUACCUGUUGUACAUAAGAGUUUAAACUCAAAUAUUGGUUUAACUUUUAGACCAAAAUUAUAGUCGGCUAAUAUUAGUAGAUGGAAAUAAACUAUGACGUAAAUAGUGACGUUCAAGAAGAUGACGUGUGAAUGGAGUGAAAACGAAGAAUUUGGGCGGCUGCUAAGCGACCUGUUCUGCCAUAAUUUUGGACGUAAAAAACCGAAGGUCCAAUCAAGGGCUUUUUAUCUGUCACUCCCAGAUGUCCAAUCAUUACACAUCUUUAAAUUACGUCACUCCCCUCUGUCCAAUCAACACACAGCCUUUAAUGACGUCACUCAAAGAAGUCCAAGCAAUAGACAUUCUUCACAAAUACUUUUCCAAGACAGUGUGUCCAUGUAAUGUCCCGUUUUUGAAGACAACGACCUUUUAAAUCCAUUUUUGGUUUAAAAAUGUGUUGUUGAUGCAGUGUAUCGGGGAAUGUAGACUGGAAGUGAACGCAUUUAUUGCUAUGUCCAGGCGUAUGCUAUGUAUAUCAACAUUUUAGUCUACUUUUACCAAAGACAUAUCAUUAGUAAUCCACUUCAGUGGAAUAUUGCGUCUGCUUUUCAAUAUGAAAGAUAUGGCCAGAGUUCCACCCAAUACUUUUCUCUUUAAUGGGAAGAUUCUUAUGGGAGUGCUGUCUAUUUUUUAAAACUGAAGUAGACCAAAAUAUUCAUCCUUAAGUUAAUAACAAUUUGGGGGUUAAGCUGGUCAUUUGAUUGAUUUCAUAUCUUACCAGUGAGCAACACAUUAUACACACACAAGGGCCCGCAUACCAGGAUAAAACAAUGUUAUUCCCCUUACAUUAAUAUUAAGUAUCUGUUGAUGUUGUAUACAUUUUGUAAAACACGCCCAAUACUUACAUCUUAAGAAUACUCUAAAUUGGUUUUUGCUUCAGAUAUU